CUAGUAAUGCAUUUUUUCCCAUGUAGGCUAGGGUUUACGAGUUUUGGGUUUAACGCCACAAAUCACACUGGCUGAGCUCAAUUCAUCGUCCCAAUCGAGAAACUAGAAUGAAUCUGAAGCACUUCAUCGUCAGAAGAACACUCAGAUGCGUAAGGAAACUCAAUAACAGUAGGGUUCCAUCUGAACAGCCAUACUUUUCUCGCAAUUUCACCGCCUCUCCACCCCUCAUAUCCUCAUUACUUUCUCCAAACCCUGGUAUCAAUGGCUUCUUCUGUGUUCAGCUCCUCGAAUGCCCGAAUCCCUUUUCGGGUUUCAGCUCUAGGUUCGUACACACAGCGAACGAAGCCAGUCUGACGGAAUCAGAAACCCAGUCGGAGGACAGUGAAGAUUCAACUACAAAUGAGUUUCUAUCGAGAUUUGUUUGGGUAAUGCGGAAGAAGCUGAAUGAAAUGUUUCCAGAUGAGGGGAAGUGCACGAUUGAUGGGAUGCUUCUCAUCAUUGUCGAGAAGGUUGCAUCUGGGUUCAGAAAAGAUGGGAUUGACCAGAGUUUAGGCGAGGCGACUGAUGCACCCGAUCAAGAUUUUAGCCCGGAAUUAUGGAGAACGGUUUUGGAGGUGAGUAAUUCGGUUUUGGACGAUAUGCAUAAAGCUACUAGGAAAGAGAAACUAAAGAUGUUUCUUCAAUCAGAGGAAGUGAAGGAAAUGUAUAGGUUUGCUGGAGAAAUUGGCAUUCGAGGUGAUUUGCUGAGGGAGCUCAGGUUCAAGUGGGCACGCGAAAAGAUGGAAGAGAGUGAAUUUUAUGAAGAGUUGGAGCGGUUAAGGGAAGAAGCAGCAGCAGCAAGGGCACUGGAAGAACAGAAAUCAGAAUCUGCGGCUGCAGAAAAGGGACUUGGUGGGGAGGAUGUGGUUGAGGAAUCACCAUCCUCACCCAAGGUCGUGACACUCCCUAAGAGGCAUGGUAAAGUUAACUACAAAAUUUAUGGGCUUGAUUUGUCUGGCACUAAGUGGGCUGAGGUGGCCGAUAAAGUUCAUGCGGCAGAAGCCAUUAUUUCACCCCAGGAACUGAAGCCAAUAUUUGGGAAGUGCAAACUUGUUACAGAGAAAAUUCUUUCGUUGCAUUUGCAGGAUGAUCCUGCACCCCUCUUAGCUGAAUGGGUUGAGUUGCUCCAACCCAGUAGGAUAGAUUGGCUAAGUUUGCUUGAUAAGAUAAAUCAGCAGGAUUCUCAUUUAUACUUCAAGAUUGCAGAAGAUGUGCUUGGUGAAGUGUCAUUCGAAGCAAAUUUACAUGAUUACUGGAAACUUAUUGAUGCACAUGCUAAAGGGAAUCGAUUCCAAGAUGCUGAGAGAAUUGUGAAAAAAAUGUAUGAAAAAGGGUUUGUACCUGAUGUUCUUACAUCAUUAACUUUGGUUCGGAUGUACUGCAAAACAAGGAAUGUUGAGCAAGCAAACAAGACGUUUGAAGAUCUUAGAGUUCUAGGAUUCCAGCCAGAUGCAAAUAUGUACAACUCCAUGAUAAUGACCUAUGUGAAUGCAGGCAAACUAUGGGAGGGCGAGAAACUCCUCAGGGAUAUGCAGAUUAAGGAAAUUGAACCCUCACAAGAUAUAUAUAUUGCAUUGCUGAGGUCAUAUGCUCAGUUCGGCGACUGCGAUUCCGCUGUAAAAAUAUCUACUUUGAUGCAGAUGGCUGGUUUUCAGCCAAGUCCAGAGUCCCAAGCACUGCUCAUCGAGGCAUAUGGAAAGGCUGGCAAGUAUACCGAAGCUAGGAGAAGUUUUGAUUACCUGUUGAGAUUUAGACACAAGCCAGACGAUAGAUGUAUAUCUAGCAUGAUUGCGGUGUAUGAGAAGGAAAAUCAAUUGCAACCAGCUUUGAAUCUUCUGCUUAAUCUUGAGAAGGAUGGUAUUGAGCCUGGAGUUGCUACCUACUCCGUUAUGGUAGAUUGGUUGAGUAAAAUGCAGCUAAUUGAUGAAGCUGAGCAAAUAGUGGAUAAGAUUGCUGGUAUGGGUGAGGCACCUCCUUACAAAAUUAAUGUUAGUCUUUGUUCCAUGUAUGCAAGGGCUGGUGUCGAGAAGAAGGCUUUGCAAGCUCUCAGUGUUGUGGAGGCUAAGAAGGAUCAAUUGCAAAGGGAAGACUUCAAUAGGAUCAUAGAGGGACUUGAAUCCGGAGGGUUCAUGAAAGACGCUCAAAGGAUUCGCAGACUGAAGGAACUUAGAGGAUGGCUCCAUUGAUCAUUUUAUCAAUUGGCUAAGUCUAGCCUACUCGCAAGAAUGUAAGCCUGGUGUGUCCUAAGGAUCCUUAUGCAAUCUGCACAAUUUUCAAGGCAAAAACUUCAUGCCCUUAUAUACGACAAGUACAUCAAGUUCAUAGUUUGUUCUUAGAACUCUUUUUUCGGCUUACGUUGCCUUUGAUGGUCAAGUGCCUGGGUUGAUUUGAGAUUUCAAUCUGCACUGUUAAGUUCUUGCUGUAUUUGUUGAAUAAUUUGCUAAUUCAAAU